AUGUGGCUGCAGAACUUGCUUCUAUUGGGCACUGUGGUCUGCAGCAUCUCUGCACCCACCCACCCGCCCAGUCCUGUCACCCGGCCCUGGAAGCAUGUAGAUGCCAUCAAGGAAGCCCUGAGCCUCCUGAACCACAGUAAUGACAUGCCUGCUGUGAUGAAUGAAACAGUACAAGUGGUCUCUGAAGAGUUUGACCCUCAGGAGCCAACAUGCCUGCAGACUCGCCUGGAGCUGUACAAGCAGGGUCUGCGCGGCAGCCUCACCAAGCUCAAAGGCCCUUUGACGAUGAUUGCCAGCCACUACAAGCACCACUGUCCCCCAACCCCGGAAACUUCCUGUAUGACCCAGUUUAUAACCUUCAAAUAUUUCAAAGAGAACCUGAAGGGCUUUCUGUUUGACAUCCCCUUUGACUGCUGGGACUGA